ACAACAACACGCAUAGAAUCAUGAAACCGCCUCGGAAAAUUCCCUUUUUCCUCACGGAAACGGGCCGGAAUGUGGUUUUCUAUGGUUCUACGGCCGUCGCCAUAGGUCUGUUCACCGGGCACUACUGCCCGCAGACAAUCUGCAUUUCGUACUACAAAGAUUUCAUCCAGGCGUACAGAGAUGGCGAAGAGCGUAAACUGUCCGAGAAGCUGCAACAGCGCUACCAGCGAGCAAUCAGUCUGCUAAAUCUAAAUGAGUUCGAGAAGAAGUACAUCAAACCGUUCGUCGUGUACGGGUUCGAUGUGUUCAACGUGGGCUCGUUCAAAUCACGGUUCGGAGGGUUCGUCGGUAUCCCAACCAACUUUGAGUACGAUAGCGUCGACCAGAUCGAUCGUACCGAUAUCAAGAUCCGUAAUCAGCCGAUCGACUGGCAAUCGGAGGGUGGCAAAACGCUCGAACAAGCCCUGGUGCUAACGGAGGAUGAGCAAGUGUUUGGAAUCGCGCGCGAAAUGCUCACGAUGCGAACCCAUAAACCGCUCAUACAGGCCAUCAUACCGACGGUGACGUGGAUCUUCACGUACAGCCUCGGUUCGCAGCUGAACGAACGAUGCAACUUCUUCGCCCGACCACGCAGUCUCCGCUUCGCCCUCUACACCAUCUGUGGCCUGUUUGGAUUCGGUCUUUACUCUUUCUCCACGGAUAUGACAGAAAUCUACUAUGAAACGGACGUGGAUAAGCAGAUGGCACGCCUUGGGCCGGAUGUGGUUGAUGCGGGCGCCCGGUUUUACGAUAAGGUGCUGAAGAAGAACAUUGCCAUCCGGCAGCUGACGGGCGAUGACUACUACACGGUCAAGGGCAACGUAAACUAUCUGCUCCGCCAGAAAUCGGCCCCGUUAACACUGCGGAAGGAAUUCUUCCAAAAGGGCUAUAAGGACUUUGUUGGCGAGGCGAACGAAGACGAGAGCCAAAGUGUGAUGUGAUGGUGGAAAGAAUAAAAACAAGAAAAUGUUAGUCUCAAACCGUA